AUGAAAGGAUUACUGGAUCAAAGCAAUUAUCAGAGGCUGAACCGAGAAUCGAAGGAGCAGUCCGAAGCACACAUCAGCAACAUGUCACCAAGCUGGCUGCAACUGUGGCUGUCGCCGCGCCCCACGCAACGCACGACAACGGCGCAUGACGCAUCUGUCACCACGGCCGAGGACGCGAUCCUUUAUGACUUCGUCAAAAACAACGCCGGCCUCAGCGCCGUGCGCGAGACCCAUUACCUGAGUAAGAAGGUCGUUCGCGAUGGCAAGUCGGGCCCACCGCUGCACAUCCACCUGCGCCAGGACGAGCACUUCGAGGUGCAGCAGGGCGUGCUGGGUGUUGUGAAGAACGGAAAGGAGUAUGCCAUCACGAAGGAUGACGGCCGGAUCUCUGUGCCGUCCGGAGCGAGACACACUUUCUGGGCCCACGCCUCAUCGAAAGAAGACCUCAUCUUCACCGUGUGGGUUGAGCCCCAGGGCCUCGACCACGGCUUCGACGAGGCUUUCAUGCGCAACUUCAGCGGAUACCUGAAGGAUUGUGAGAAGAGCAAGGUCGCACCCUCGCUCUUCCAGAUCCUGCUGUUUCUGUACCACAGCGACAUUGUGCUGACGCCCCCAUUCUGGACGCCGAUCUGGCUAUUGGUAGUUCUGCAUCAUGUCUUGGCCUAUUGGGUGGGGGCAGGACUACUUGGGUACCAAGCGAGUUACCCUGAGUAUAGCCUGCUACAUGAGGACAAGAAGUUGAAAUAA